ACUUGGUAGGCUGUGAAGUGCAUUCACAUGUAACUGGAAAUUUGGACAUCAAAGGGCUAACGGGUAUAUCUUAUGUUACAGGUUAUUCAACGAUAGUUAUGACCUCCCGGUUACGUGCGUUGGGUGGAAGAAUUAAUAAUAUACGCACCUCAGAAUUACCCAAAGAUAAAACUCGAUCCGAAGUCGUCUGCAGCAUCCGCUUUUUAGAUGGCUUGGUACAGACGUUUAAAGUUAACAAACAAGAUACUGGUCAAGUUCUUUUGGAUAUGGCAUACAACCACCUGGGUGUAACAGAAAAGGAAUAUUUCGGUUUGCAACAUGGCAACGACUCGGUGGACUCUGCUAGAUGGCUUGAAUCAAGCAAACCCAUCAGGAAACAAUUAAAAGGAGGUUUCCCCUGUACCCUGCAUUUUCGAGUAAGAUUUUUUAUACCUGAUCCCAACACACUGCAGCAAGAACAAACCAGGCAUUUGUAUUUCUUGCAACUGAAGAUGGAUAUUUGUGAAGGAAGGUUAAUUUGCCCUCUUAACUCAGCAGUGGUCCUAGCAUCCUAUGCAGUACAAUCUCAUUUUGGAGACUAUAAUUCUUCCAUACAUCAUUCAGGAUACCUUUCUGAUAGUCAGUUUAUACCAUACCAGAACGGUGACUUUUUAACAAAGGUGGAAUCUCUCCAUGAGCAGCACAGCGGUCUAAAGCAGUCAGAAGCAGAAUCUUGCUAUAUCAACAUAGCGAGGACCCUGGACUUCUACGGAGUGGAACUGCACAGUGGAAGGGACCUGCACAAUUUAGAUCUGAUGAUUGGAAUUGCUUCUGCGGGCAUCGCUUUGUACCGAAAAUAUAUUUGCACAAGUUUCUAUCCUUGGGCGAACAUUCUAAAAAUUUCUUUCAAAAGGAAAAAGUUCUUUAUACAUCAACGACAAAAACAGACUGAAUCCAGGGAACAUAUUGUGGCCUUCAACAUGUUAAAUUACCGAUCUUGCAAAAACUUAUGGAAAUCCUGCGUCGAGCACCAUACGUUCUUUCAGGCAAAGAAGCUACUACCUCAGGAAAAGAAUGUUCUUUCUCAGUACUGGACUCUGGGCUCUAGGAACCCUAAAAAGUCUGUAAAUAACCAGUAUUGCAAAAAGGUGAUUGGAGGGAUGGUGUGGAACCCAGCCAUGCGGAGAUCUUUAUCGGUGGAACAUUUAGAAACCAAGAGUCUACCUUCUCGAUCCCCUCCUGUUACUCCCAACUGGCGAAGUCCUCGGCUCCGGCAUGAAAUCCGAAAGCUACGGCACUCUUCUGCAGACAACCUUGCCAAUGAAAUGACAUACAUUACAGAGACCGAAGAUGUAUUUUAUACAUACAAGGGCUCUCUGUCCCCAAAAGACAGCGAUUCCGAGGUUUCUCAGAACCGAAGCCCGCUCCGAGAGAGCAUAUCCGAGAACAAUCCAGCACAAAGCUGCCUGACCCAGAAGUCAUCCAGUUCUGUGUCUCCAUCUUCAAAUGCUCCAGGCUCCUGCUCACCAGACGGUGUUGACCAGCAGUUCUUAGAGGACUACCAUAGGGUGACCAAAGGGGUCUCCACUGAGGACUCCAGCCAGUACUACUGUGACAAGAACGAUGAUGGUGAUGGCUACUUACUCUUGAUCCGUAUCACACCAGAUGAAGAUGGAAAGUUCGGAUUUAAUCUUAAGGGAGGAGUGGAUCAGAAGAUGCCUCUUGUGGUAUCAAGGAUAAACCCAGAGUCACCUGCGGACACCUGCAUUCCUAAGCUGAACGAAGGGGAUCAAAUCGUGCUAAUCAAUGGCCGGGACAUCUCUGAACACACCCAUGACCAAGUGGUGAUGUUCAUCAAAGCCAGCCGGGAGUCCCACACGAGGGAGCUGGCCCUGGUGAUCAGGAGGAAAGUUGUCCACUCAUUUGCUGAUAUCAAAUCUGAAGAUGAACUGAACCAGCUUUUCCCAGAGACCAUUUUCCCUGUGUGUCCAGAGGGUGGGGACACUCUAGAGGGAUCCAUGGAACAGCUCAAGAAGGGCCUCGAAAGUGGGACAGUGCUGAUCCAAUUUGAGCAACUCUACAGAAAGAAGCCUGGUCUGGCCAUCACGUUUGCAAAGCUGCCUCAGAAUUUGGACAAAAACCGAUAUAAAGAUGUGUUGCCUUAUGACGCCACCCGGGUAUUAUUGCAGGGAAAUGAAGAUUAUAUUAAUGCGAGUUAUGUGAACAUGGAAAUUCCUGCUGCUAACCUUGUAAACAAGUACCUUGCCACUCAGGGACCCCUGCCACAUACCUGUGCACAGUUUUGGCAAAUCGUUUGGGAUCAGAAGUUAUCACUCAUCGUCAUGUUGACAACUCUCACGGAGCGAGGGCGGACCAAAUGUCACCAGUACUGGCCUAACCCUCCUGAUGUCGUGGAAUACGGCAGCUUCCACAUCCGGUGCCAGUCAGAGGAUUGCACCAUCGCCUACGUAUUCCGAGAAAUGCUGGUCACCAACAGUGAGACAGGAGAAGAGCACACGGUCACCCAUCUCCAGUACGUUUCAUGGCCUGACCACGGCGUUCCUGAUGAUUCCUCAGACUUUUUGGAAUUUGUAAACCAUAUGCGGUCCCUGAGAAUAGACAAUGAGCCCGUCUUAGUUCAUUGCAGUGCGGGAAUAGGUCGAACUGGUGUGUUGGUCACUAUGGAAACAGCCAUGUGCUUAAUUGAGAGGAACCUGCCCGUCUACCCACUGGAUAUUGUCCGGAAAAUGCGAGACCAGCGUGCCAUGAUGGUGCAGACAUCAAGCCAGUACAAGUUUGUGUGUGAAGCAGUUCUUCGUGUAUAUGAAGAAGGCUUAGUCCAAAUGCUGGAUCCCAGCUAA